AUGCAUCGCGAUAUGGCCUCGAUACGUAAAUACCUCGACACAAUUGAGGGUCUUAUCGAAGAUGUUGAUGAGACCGAGUCCUGCAUCGAGCCAUGCCCCAACUGCGAAGCACCAGAAGAUGUCACACAUUGUAUGUGUGGGUACAGCGCAUGGGCAAAGCAUCUGCAUAAUUUCUGGCUCUCUCACUUACUGCUAAAGGACGUCGGCCCCCGCGGUCACGGUGUUUUUGCGCGCAAGGUGAUUCACGACGCUACCAUUGUAGGAGAGUACACAGGCCAGAUCAUACCUUCCAAAGACGAUGGAACUCCAGCUCAUGAACGAGAUGCUUAUCGCGUCGGGAUCUCGAUCGGUAAACCAAAAUUUGACCAAACUCAGACACACGCAACAGCUUCUAUAGACGCUCUUCAUACCGGAGGUGUGACUCGCUUCAUCAACCACUCUUGCAAUCCGAAUACGGAAUUUGUAAAGAUGGUGUGUUCUUUGGAGCGUCGAGCCGUUUAUGUAGUCACAAAGCGAAAAGUCGCUAUCGGCGAAGAGCUGACACUAGACUACGGUCCGAAAUGGUUCAAGGGUGACCAGUACUGUCUUUGUAAUACGGCUGACUGUAGGAACCCACGUAAGAUAUCUGAGGAUGCCGAUGCAUCCGAGGUAAAGGUCAGCGAAGAUGAGACCGCGGACGAAGGUGGGGACGAGGAUGAUCCGGAGGAUGCCUCGACAGCGUCGGAUGAUAGCGCAAAUUCCAGCGAAGCAUCUGACAUAUAUGCUCAUAGCCCUGGUUUUUGA